AUGGGUGGCAGCUUGUCCAGCGCGCCAUCCACAUGCAGGGUGAGAAAUCGCCUGGGCUGCCCGGUACAGCUACGGAUUGUGCAAGCUGGAAAUGGCAUGAAGGAAUUUGCUGUUCCGCACGGAGCCGAGCAUGUGAUCGAAGGUGCCAUAGACCAACUAGUUGCCAUCAGAUAUCAGAUCCACGGGCAAUGGUAUGACAAGGCCUUCAAGGUGCCACCUGAUGCGGUGCUAUUACUUCGUGCCUUCGAGAAGGGAGAGAUUGCUUUCCGAAUUCAGACUGCCACGGGUUCCUCGCCUGCCGAAGAGGCAGCCCUGGACCCCGCACACCUAUGGCAGGCCCAGGCUGAACGGGCAGAGGAAGCAGAGGCUGCCAGACACGAGGAGACAGAGUCGAAGGAGUCCAAGUCGAGAGCCGAAGCUCCGCGUCCAUCGGCAGAAAUUGAGGAGGCGGAUUCCAGCAAUGUCACGGUGGCAGAAGUGUCACACGGCCCACAGUGCCUGGCCACCGGAUCUGGUACAUGGGUGGAUGCUGACCCGCAGUGCUGUGACAGGGACGAGGAGCUGGACGCACUUUUUGAGCCUCCUGAGGGAGAAGCGCCGGGCCCUUUCCGAGAAGGACCACAGGAAGUAAGCAUGGAGGCUGAAGCAGACCCGAUGUGGAUGCCAGCGCAGCAAAAUCUCUUUGCGGAGCUUUUGGACUUGCAGUUUUCAGCCGUGCGAGCUCGGAAAGCCGUGGGCGCUGGUUGUGAAGACCUGGAAGAUGCAGUGGAGUGGCUGGAAAGGCAUCAGCAUGAUGAGGACAUUGACAUGUCCCCAGCCAUGCUGAAAGCUCGCGAGGAUGAAGAAGUGGCCUUGGCUGUGCUGCGGGUGCUUACAGUUCCAGCCCUGCAUCGCCUGUCGUGUCUUCAAGCAGUGCACAGAGUGCUGAAGAACAUUCUGGCUGAUCCCGAGUCCUGCCGAGUCAGGCAGAUCCGGAUCCAAAAUCCACGCUUCAAGGAAAGGAUCGGGCGCUUCCCUCAAGCUGUGUCACUUCUUCGGAAGAUUGGUUUCCAACAGGGCGACUUUUGGACGAGCGCCUUCGAGCGUGAGCCAUGCCUGGAGUGGCGACUGCCAGUGGGGUCUUCAAACCCUAUGUCUCAGCGCAUGGAACGUGCUUUCUCCCUGAUCGACGAAGUUCUCCGUGCACCCGAGACUUGGGUUCCCGCAGUCUGUGCUGCCAUGCCGGAGGUGAAGAGCAGGGUCGGCGAAGCGAUUGACGCGUUGGACACACCGGAGUCUGAAAUUGCCACUGCUCGUGAGCUGCUUGCAGAAGUGCAUGCUCGACGCGCUCGCGACCCACGAGGCUUCCAGGAGGCCAUGCGAGCUGCAGGACGGCUGCCCAAUCCAUCAGUGUAUAGCUUGCGGCCCAGUGCGAAAGACGCAAACUACAGACCGCUCGAAGAGCGCUUUCCUGGAAAGCGAGAGUUCAAUCUACAGGAUCUUGAGAACAUGCGAGUGGAAGAGGCAAUUGGCAGCAUGCCACUGUAUGCGAGGGAAUACGAGGCCAGUUUGGGCCAAGCAUCAUCCUACGGACAGCUGGUCUCACGCAGCUAUGAUCCAAACUACUUGGGCCGUCGGGCUCUCGAUGAGACCAACAUUUUUCGAGGCUCUGAGAAGAUGCCGCCACUGAAGUGGUGUCAAGGCAUUGCCGACAUCGCAGCGGAGCAUGCUCGGCAGAUGGCGCGAGGCGAGAUGCCCUUCAGCCACGAUGGUUUUUCGGAGCGUGUGAGCCGGUACCCUAUACCACACCUAAGCGCUGCAGAGAACCUGGCCUAUAACAGUGGUGUGGCAGAUGCAGCUGGUGUUGCGGUCCAGGGCUGGAUCAAAUCACCGGGCCACCGCAAGAAUUUACUGGGAGCCUUUGACCUUUGCGGAAUUGGUGUUGCGCAGUCUCUUUCUGGACAGUUCUUCUUCACACAGCUAUUUGCCCGGAGUGCCGGCGGGGCGCUUUGCUGA